AUGGCCGAGACGAGCCCGAACGAGAGCAGGCUCUUCCAGCAAGCCAAGCCGCUAUGUGUGCAACUUGUGUCGCCGACGACACCAGCAGCCGCGGCAGCAGACGCCCUCGCCGCCCUCGCCACCGCCGUCAAGGCCUCCCGGGCUGAAGAGGUCGACCGCCUGGCCGGCUACCUGGUUGUGCCACUGCUGGCCGUGUGGGACAGGGAGACUCCGACGACACGGAUGGCUGUACGGACAACAGCAGAAGUCAUCGCAAAGGCCACCGAUCUCGCUCUCCUGCCAAACGUUCUCAUCUCGCUGGCAAGAAGGAUCUCCGCUGCGUGGGCUGUCUUUGCCUCGGCCGAGAAGCCCGAUCCGGCUGCGGUGGCUCGUGUUGAUGAGGCUCGCCUGGCGCCAGAGCUGAGGCUAAUCGUGGCCAUUUUGGCUCCGCAGCUGCGGCAAGCCUUGCCUGAGGCGGCAGAUGGUGAGACAGAGGAUGUGCUCGCCUCGCUGGAUGCUGCCUCGGCUGCCGCCCGUGCUCGGAACUGGUCGGAUGAUCCGGAUCAUGGUCAGCUGGUUGGCUCUGACAUGGGCAGAGCCCUGGUGGGACAUCUGGUUUUUGCAGCGCUCCUCCUCGCCCGCCACCAUCCGGCCAUCCACAUCCGAGCUGCGGCGGUCGACGUCAUUGCAGCUGCUGGCCUCCGCUUUUGCGGGCAUCCGAGCAUGCUCCUCGCUGUCCUCCCCGGCGUGCUGUCGGGACUGACCCACGUCGCGUCGGGAGAGACCACUGAGGCCUCCCGCGUCAAAGCUCGUGCCCUUGUCACCUUUGCCGUUUACGUCGAUGCCGUCUUUGGCGCGGCGCCGCCGCCGCCACCGACGCCGGCGUCGCCGGCGGCCCGGCUCGCCGCUGCCGUCGCACAGCAGGAGGUGACUUCCGAGGCAGAGCUGCGCAAUGCACAGUCCAAGACCGCAGCCAAGAUCAUCGCUCUCUACGAGCGCCUUGCCAAGUUCUGCGCCAUGCACCCCAAGGCCCGUGUCCGCCUCGGCUUCCUCGACGUUGUUGCUGUCCUGCUCCGGACGCCUGCCUUCAGCCUCGCGCUGGCGUCGGUAGUCGAGUGGGCCGUCCUCCUCGCCCACGAAGACGAUCUUCCUGGUGCGCGCAUGGUGGGCGUCAAGGCCGGGGCUCUUGUGGCCGCGCAUGUCGAUCUCAGCUCGCGCCCGGUUCUCCGCGCGCUUCAGUCGGCAUUCCAUGGGCUGGUCGUCACGCUGCCGCGCGGACUCUCGCAUGGCUCGUCAGACACUUCCAAGAGGGCGAGCCUUGUUGCACUCCGUGGCUUCCUGCUCACUCUCGGCGACGCCGCGCUGGCCUCGCUUCUCGACGACCUUCCGCGGGUGGUGACAGCGCUCCGCAGCCUGACUCAGAUCGAGGUAUCGCGUGCGCAGCUGAGUGAGAUUGGACCGGGUGCGCUGGCAGAGCUGGCCGACACUGCCGCCAGCUACGGCUUUGCCUCGUUCACCCAUCCAGGCAUUGUGCCUGCCCUCCGCAGCGUUCUCGCUGCGCUCGCAUCCGCCGUACCGCCGCUCGUCAUCCUCAACGCCCUCCUCGAUCCGGUCGGCCGCGACCUUGCUACCGCCGACUCGGGCUCGCUUUGGCUCCUCGCCGAGACCGUGAGUGCUCUUCCGGACUCUGCCCUCGCUUCCGCCGGACUCGGCCGAACCGUGGUGGGACCAGCGUCGGACGCGCUCGCUCGCCUGACGCUCUCGGCCAAGCCGCUAGUGUGUGCGCUGGUCCUCGACGUGAUCGCGGCGUGUGUGCUCCGGUUGGCCAGCACAGAGAUGGGCCUCUUUCUCCGCGACCACUUGUUUGUGGCGGUUGCCGCCGCUGGCUCGCCGCAUGCACUGGUGGCCCGCGGUUGCUGGCGUCAUCGCGGCAACGCCGACUACCUUGUCGACGGCGUGUGCGCCGCGCUGCGGGCAGCGGUUAUCGAUCCCGGAUCCGAGUCAAAUGCUUGUGCCCAUCUCGCGCUCCGUGUCCUCGACGGCAUGCUGGUCUACGUCGACGCCGAUGCUGUGGCGUACGUCGACGAGGUUGUCGACGUUGUCCUCGAGCUGCUCUCGAUGACGCAGAGUCGGUAUGGAGCGCGGAUGGACGCCGCGGCCGCGGCCCUCUCGUCGCCGCUUGUUCUGUUCCGUGCGCUGCUGGCGCUUGCCAGGACGUUGCCGUGUCCUACGCCACCGACGCUGCCAUCGCCGUCGCUGCCGACCGACGGCGUCUCGCCCAAUGUCUUCUCGGCCACAUUUGCGCUGCUCAAGUCGGCGGUGGCGCGGACCGCGCGAGCGCCGAGCGCCGACGGUGGGCCGACGCCAAUGGCAGAGAUUGAGCUGUUUUUCAAGUCCUAUCACCAGCGCAAAGCCGAAGAGGAUGAACUUGGCGAGCUGGCGCACGUUGACGACGACGGCAGCAGUGCCCGCGAUGUGCAUGCGGAGAAGGAGGAGGAGAAGCCGCCGCUUUCGCGCGAGGCCGCGCUCGCCGCCGCCAUGCUCGGCGUCUGUCCGCACUUUCUAGCGUGGCCGCAGCUUGCGCUGCGGAGUGCCGUCCUCGAUACCGCCGCUGUUUGCUUUCCGGUCAUCCGAUGGGACGCCAGCGGGCGCGGCGAAGACACGGCGCUGCCGCUCAUCCACGCGGUGUGGGGCCCGCUGAUGGCAGCGUGCCAUGCCGCCGACCGCGAGUGGAGCCAGGAUCCGCUGGCGGCAGCAUCGGCGAUGACGAGCGUGGUCAAGGCUCUCAGCUCCAUGGUUCGCGUCGGCCGGUCGUUCAUGCGUCGGCGGGUGGUGACCGAGGCCUGGCCGGUGCUCGCGGGGUUUGUGGCCCGACUCCCGCCGUCGCCGGCUGCAGUCUGGCCGGGCGCCCGCCAUCGUCUGGCGACGGCUUUCCUUGCAUUCGUUGCUGGCGACCUGCCGCUGCUUGAGAUCCAGUUCACCUCGCAGCAGGCGCUUGGCAUGCUCGACUCGAUGCUUGCCCUGUCGCGGGCGCUGGCCACCCACGAGGCCGAGGCAAGCGAGGAUGCGCUCGCGGCCCUCGCUCACCUCGCUCCCGACCUCGCCUGGGUCCGCAGCGAGCAAGCUGCGGGCGGGCGCGAGCACCGGCCAUCGCAAGCAGGCGAGGCGCUCGGACUGCAGACGGUGAUGAUGAGCACGACGCCAGCGUGGUGACGGCCUACCCACGAUAUCUGCGCCUCCUCCCAAUGACACUCGAGCAAUGGUGAGAUGUGGCGGCUGGUGGCAGCAGGCGGCUCUGCACACUCUGGGUGCGUCAAUCUCCUACUUUACCGUAGCUUGUGCGCGCAACCUGGCGCGGUGCGAGAAUUGGUAGCGAUAAGGGCUACCUACUCCACGGUGGCGGCACUCCGCGGCGGGCGGACGUAGACCAGGGCGCCGGAGCGGAGGGCAACGACGGCAAUGAUGGGGUAGAUGGCGCCGAUGAGAAGGCCGGUAGAGAUGUCUGCGUACGAGUGGAAGUACGAGGCAGUGUAAAAGGCGUUGCAGGUG